UUCGCCGCUCGCCCUCAGUGUGCGCAACAGGUCUGUCCGUGUGUGUAAGCAUAAUAUUUGUGCGCAUGAAACAUUCGUGUGAGACCACAACGCGCGCACGUUUGCUCCGUUCGUGCUCAUACCCAAUCCCUCAGAAGACUUUGCUGAGAAAGAUCUCUCUGUCUUCGAAAGAAUGAAGAUAAACUCGAGAAACGGUAACAAGCUGGUCACACGAAUUUGAAGCUGCAUGCUCCCUCCUGCGACUUAGACCUCAGGUAGCACACCAAGCUGAGACGUGCAAGCGAAUAUGGCAGUGCUUGAAGGCAGCAAGAAACGCGUAACUAUGAAUAUCUCCCCUGCAGAAGUGAUCUCGUGAGGAUCCACAACCAGAAAUGCCGAGUUUUAUUGCUAGCGCAAAAUAAUUACAGAACAAGCGCGUAGUUAAAUGCGACGCUGGGUGAUCGGAGUUGGCUCUCUGUCCACUUUGACGAGGAAGAAAGCAAUAAGACACGCCGAGAAAUCAGGAGGAUAAAGAUUAUUGUCUUCAAUGCUGAUAUCCGGACUUCUGUAUUUCCCGCUCCAACGCUGUUUUCCCCUUUUCCAUGGUUGACAGACGAUUGCACAGACCUUCAAGUAUUCGUUUCUUCGCUGUGAACCUGCGACAUGGUUUCACUGAAAACAGAAGAGCGGUUCCAGAUCCAAAGCAGGGGCAUUCAUUUUCUUUCCAAAGACCGCGUCAACGAAGAAUAAGCACCCUCUGCGAGAGAGGGGCAAGGCACCAAGAGACGAAAACAGCGUGUCGUGGUACAGACACCCCGCCACAGGUCGUGACAACCGUGAGUCGUCGGUCGGGUGCUGUUUUUUUGCUCUUGGCCUUUUGCGCCUGCGGCGUUUUUUGAGGCCUAUAGGAAAAGAAAAGUGUGACAUCUAAUUCUUUCUGCUAUUGUUUCUGCGUAGUGUUUUCGUGUUCGUUCCUUUUUCCUUUGGCUUUCGAUGCGUCUUCACACAUCAGUGGAAAUCCAGGAACACAACACACGGUGUAGCUCUCUUUCCCAUUCUCGUUUUUCCCUCAAGUGUGUGCCAUUGUCCGUUUUGGCGUUCGUCAAGUGAGAAGAACAGGGAGCCGGCGACCGCCCUCGUGCCUGGCCAUAGCGACUACAGACAUGUCAUCCCAGAAGAAAACGACGGAUCUCAAGGAGUUCGCCGAUGGCGAUAUUCCUGACGACAUCUUGAAGGGAUGUCUUAGUACGGAUCUACAACUUCUUAAUGGAGACUGGACGAUCCUCUCCGACAGGUCAGGCCCUAUGACAGAUAUUACAGAGAUGCUGGGUCUGGAUAAAUUGGACCGAAUGAGUUGGGAACUCUCUCUCCAGGUCUCUGCUCCACGCCUGAAUCUCACGUUCACGGAAGAAGGCAACGUUGCAAUUCUUCGGGUGGACUGCAUGUGCCAGUUAGGCAUAGAGUACAUCCGUGAUAUUCAUUUCGAUGGCAAGCACAAAACCGGAGUGCAUCUUCGGGACUUAUUUCCCAAUCCACCCUUGAGUCACAUGUCCUCCGGAUUCGACGACGGCGAGCUCUGUGCAGUCAGGGACGGCUCCAAACUCUUCGUCCGCUACGAAAUGGAAAAGGGGACGUUGUAUAUGACUCGAGUCGUUCUUUAUAAAGACCCGGAAAACCGCGUUGACGGACCUAUCACCCUCGCCAAGUACUGCGUAGUGAACAAGAAGACGGGUGUCAAGCACGAAGUGUACAGAUACCAUCGACGAGUGAGCCAGCAGUCUAGUGAUGCCGGUUUCUGAGACGGAUGACAGUUGGACAAAACUGGUGUCUGUCAAAUUCCAUGUACGGCAAGGCGGUGCGCGCGUCCGACAAGGGAAUUUACAGUGUUCUUUUGUAGAUCAGCUUUCGCGGGACCAGAGAAACCAUCCGAGGGGGUCUGCAAAAGCGCCAGAAAAAAACAGAUUUGGGUAGACUCCACUGUUGAGUCACAGCAAAGUAAGCGCGCAGACUCAAGGUUCUUUCGCGAGUUGUCUGUGCCCACCUUCUCCUCCUUCCUCACGUUUCUCGUCCGAUGGCAGAGACCCAUCUGUUCUCUGUUCCUUUCUCCUGAGGGCAAGCGAGGAAGACAUGCGGGCACGUUCCGCAGAAAUGCUUUCGUCUUCGCUACGUCUCUCUUUCUGCCGUUCUUGCUCCUUCGUAUUUCUCGAAGAGGACACAGCAAUACGAAUGUUCAUCGAUGUCCUACGCUGAGCUUCGCUAGGUCGAAAACCAUAACCAGUUUUUUCGCGACGUCGUUUUCUCGCCUGUCUCCUUAUGGCACCCUUCCUGCGUAGCGUGAAAAACGCAACAGACCUGGCAGUCUUAUUGGGUCUACUAUACACAAAAAGUGGGUUCCCUCGCCUGUAAUCGGCUCCCAUCUUUGAUUCCUUUCACACUCGGUCUGUCUACUGGUCCUCUCUUCCUCUUGGCGUCGGUUGUCACGCAUCUACGGCUUCGUUCCGCUGGGGUCAGCCAGUGGUCGUUUUUUAGUGGGCUGCGUGCAUUCUUUUCACAACGAUUCCGCCGCAGUAGAUUGAUUCAGUCUCAAACCGAUCGUGACUUCUCUUGCAAAUCUUUCAGUAGGACCUGACACAAAGAUGUAUUC